UCUAGAGGCUCAUCGGCGGCCGUUUCUCCGAGAGCUAAAGCCUUGGCAUCAAUAGGAUGCUUGAACGUAUCAUCUCACCAUCCGGGCUUUGGUGAAAUCAUCUUUGCUUCGUCGGAGAACCAAUUGCCCGUCAUGAGGUCUCCUUAUACUUGCGGUCGGUGUCUUACUGUGCUGAAGACAUCGCGGUCCCAAUUGCGCCCUUCGACAUCCCUCCGCAUCAUUCCAAACCAUCCCUUCGCUCACAGAAAUCAUUCUACCACUUCCGCCGCAACUUCGAAGCUGUCCCUACCCCGCCGGGGGAUCUCAACGACACCGAGUCGCAAGUUCGACAAGCCCUUCGAGCCAUAUGAAUACAUCGAUCCAGAGGGUGUCAAACGCAAGCUGGUUCUCGAUGAAGAUAAUCUUUUCCAUUCCUUCACGCAUUCGCCCAUACCCGAGAUACGAAAGCGCGCGGCCUUCAUGAGACAGCAUGCCUACUGCGCUCAUCCCGAUCACAAGGCUACACGUCUGCCUCACAAUACCGUAGAUUUUGAGGGGCGCAAGUCGCUCGACUCGGGCACUCCCCCCGCCCACGUCGAUUUCGAGUGCCCGGACUGCGGCGUGCCAGUUUACUGCUGUGAGGAACACUGGGCAGAUGACUACGAGGCGCAUUUGGACGUCUGCGAUGUUCUGAGGCAGGCUAAUGAGGACGAUCACGACUUGAGGAGUGGGCGCUUCUUCAAAGAGUUCCAAUUCGCCCAACCCCAGAUUGAAGAGAUUCUAGCGAACAUGUCUAGCUGGGACACGUAUCUGUACACGCGCGAUUUCGAUGCGCUGAACUCGGAUCGGGAGAUGCGACAAGCCACGAAACUCUUAACUUACCCAAUGACAAUUGCGAGUAUCAUCAACGAGAUGAGCCCGUAUAACAUCCGUAAAAACGGACGUAUGACGCCUGAUGGACUCAAGAGUUUUACAGCUUUGCGUCAUUCUCUACAUCCUCCCCGGACUGGUGGCGGAGACACAUGGAACAAUCCUCGCAUCGCACCGCCAUCCGUACGACUCUUCAUUCUCGGAGCUCGCGCCGAGUCGUCGCUCCCAAGAGAGACUUGGAUGCAAUUAGCAUACUUGUUCCACCGUGUACAAUUCUCCAUGCACUUUAUCGGGCCCGAAAGUAUGGCCAACCGAGAGAAAGAACUUCCUCUUCCCGAACGAUCUGCUGGGAACCCCUUCGGGGCUGUUGUCGAAGACCGAAUCUCCAAUGCUAUGAAGAUUAGCACCUUUGUGGAACACUAUCACAACAUCCACAAGACCGGACAUUUCUACCCCUACGACCCUUACUUCGACUGCUUUGUCUGCUUCCAUCCAGGUUUCGGCAAUCCCGCCUCUAUGCACGAAUGGGAGGAGACUAUUCCUCUUCUCCUGGAAACUAAGGUUCCCAUCAUUGCAACAGGCUAUUCGCCAUGGGACAUGGAACAAGAUGUUAAGCAUCUUGAGAACCGUUACGGCAAUGAGAUGGAUAUGCUGCUGACACCUGGAGAGAACAUUUUCAGGAGCUUGAGGUGGGAUAUGAACGAUCUGGACCCACACGACGUAACGUGUAGUAAUUGGGGAGUGUACGCUUUCAGGGGAAAGAGGUACGAGACAACGAAGAAGGAGGAGGAAGUUGAAGUGCAUAGCGACAGGACAGCAUAG